AUGUCCAAUUUUACCGUUGUGACUGAAUUUGUUCUCAUGGGAUUUUCUGACAUCCGAGAGCUCCAGAUCUUAUAUUCUUCACUUUUGUUUCUCAUUUAUUCCAUAGGCCUGAUGGGGAAUCUCCUCAUUGUCAUGAUCAUCAUCUUUGACAGGAGACUCCACACGCCCAUGUACUUUUUCCUUAGGAAUCUGUCCAUUGUGGAUGCCUGCUACCUAUCAAUAACUGUUCCCCAGGCAUCAGUUAACUCCCUGGUGAACAACUGGGCUAUUUCAGUCACUGGCUGUGCAGCUCAGGUAUUCCUCGUGAUUUUCAUGGCAUAUGUAGAGUUUACUUUGCUCACUGUCAUGGCUCGUGACCGCUAUGUGGCCAUCUGCCAACCACUCCACUACACAGUGAUCAUGAGUCCCCGAGUCUGCAUGCAGAUGACCGUAACCUGCUUGAUCACUGGCCUCGGGUAUGCAGCUUUCCACACUGGUUACACGUUUCGCUUGUCUUUCUGUCAAUCCAAUGUGGUCCAUCAGUUCUUCUGUGACAUCCCUUCUCUCCUCAGGAUCUCUUGCUCAGACACCUCUGGCAAUAAGUUAUCCUUACUUCUCUCAGCAUUGGUGGUUGUAAUUGGCUGCUUUACCUUCAUCACUGCAUCUUAUGUUCAUAUAUUUUCCACCGUGCUCAGGUUUCCAGUGAAAGAAGAUCAAAGAAAAGCCUUCUCGACCUGUGUCCCCCACAUCAGUGUGGUUUCCUUAUUCGUUUUUUCAACCUGUUAUGUGUAUCUGCAACCACCUUCAGAGUCUGCAUCCCUUAAAGGGAUAAUUCUUUCAGUAUUUUAUACCAUAAUACCUCCCUUUCUGAACCCCAUUAUAUACAGUCUACGGAAUAAGCAGAUAAAAGAUGCUAUAACAAUGUUAAUGAAGAGAACCUGUUCAUUAAGAAAUAAUUCAUAA